CGGAUGGGGGCGAAGACCCAGCAAGCAAUGCCACCUCACUGCACAGCGCCUCCCAGGCACCAAAAGGCCCAUUUGCUCCUCAUCAUUGUCAUGUUUUGUGAAUGAAGAGAUUGAGGCUCAGACUGAUCUUCCGUCUUGCGCAAGACCACAACACAGCUGGGGCCUGAGAUAAACCCAGAACCCCACCCCAAGUCCAGGGUGUUCUUUCCACCCAGGAACGUUGCCCGAGUCCUCUCCUCCCAGUGCCUGGAACACAGCUUCAUGGCUUGCCUUGCAGUAAACAUGUUGCUCUCUGAUGCUAAGAAAGAGGAACUCCUGAUUCAGAGGCUGGGGUGCAGCAAGACAGAGGAAGUGACUUUGCCUCCACCCCAAGGAGGAUUCAUCUAGAAUCUAGACAUUUUUUUAGACAGGCCAUGACAGAGUCUCCUAAGGGCUUCCUGGAUACAGUUUCUUGUCUAUUUUUGCUGCUUUAUAAUUCUCCAAAUGCCAUUUCCUCCCAUGGGCUGUCAGAACAUCUCAGCGGCCUUCAACCCCAUGGAAAGGAAGGAGUAGGGGAGAAGGGGGCAUUUAUGGAAAGGUCUGUUCCCUUCUCUUUGCCAUACCAUUGGUGUUGAGACAGAAGAUGCUUGUCUAUGUGAAAUCUGCCCGCCCCUUCCCACUUCCCUCCCCUUUUGAGGGCCCUGAUUGCUGCAGGUUAGUAGGUUUAGCUCAACAGUAGGGCCAAAGCGACUGCCAGCCUCUACCCUCCAACCCUUCUUCUUAGGCAACCUUGAUAGGAACUGUUUCCCUCUGCCCUCUCCCUCCCUGCCCCAGCAGUAACCUCAUAAUAAUUGAACUCACAUAAUCUCUCUCUCUGGUGCUUAGUCUCUUUAGGUAGAGAUAGCCCAGGUUUGACUCCCUGAGUCACCACUAGCAUGGCUUUUCUUUCUAGAGUUGUUACUCUGUAGAAAGAGAAAGCUUUGGACCAACUUGUGCUGUCUGUGACCCUGUGUAGAAGCCUCCCUGUUUGUCUUCUCUGAUGUGCUUAGGAGAUUCCUGAGUGUCCCAGUCUCUAGGGAGGCUUAGCUGGAGAGCAAGAGAAAGGGAGGGAAUUCAGAAGCCGCCUGGGAGAGGGCAGAAAGUAUAUCAUUUAUAACCAACCUUUAGCCUUUAGCCACUUGAAAAUAUUUCCUAAUAGCCUAAGGGUUCUUGGCAGGCUUUUCCCCACAUCAGCAAGAAAUCCUGGGAGAUGGGAAGAGUCAGACCUUGUUCCCUGAACAAGCUUUCUGCUUUGCCCAAGAGAUGCUAGGAGAUUAAUGACUCUUCUGGAAGGAACAGGUUAGGGUGUUUGGCUUUUUCUCUCCUUUUGUAUCUCCUCCCUUUUAGAUCAUGCCCCUUCCUGCUUGCUUCCCUGACCGGUGCCUCCAGGCUGCACAGAGGGUUUGAAAAACAGACAAAAACCACCAUCCUCAGACAACGCUAGAAUGUCACCAAUGGCACAAUGUGGGACACGGCAGAGCCAGAGCACGAGGAGGUGAGCUGGAUGAAUGGCUGGCUCAGCUGCCAGGCCCAGGAUGAGAUGCUAAAUUUGGCCUUCACUGUGGGCUCCUUUCUGCUCAGCGCCAUCACCCUGCCCCUGGGCAUCGUCAUGGACAAGUACGGCCCGAGGAAGCUUAGGCUGCUGGGCAGUGCCUGCUUUGCUGUUUCCUGCUUGCUAAUUGCAUAUGGAGCAAGUAACCCAAACUCUCUCUCAGUUCUCAUCUUCAUCGCCCUGUCUCUGAAUGGCUUUGGUGGGAUGUGCAUGACCUUUACCUCAUUAACACUGCCCAACAUGUUCGGAGACCUUCGGUCCACGUUUAUUGCCUUGAUGAUUGGCUCCUAUGCCUCCUCAGCAGUCACCUUCCCAGGAAUCAAGCUCAUCUACGACGCUGGUAUCUCCUUCAUCAUCAUCCUUGUGGUCUGGGCCGGCUGCUCCGGGCUGGUUUUCCUCAACUGUUUCUUCAACUGGCCUCUGGAGCCCUUCCCGGGGCCAGAGGACAUGGACUACUCGGUGAAGAUCAAGUUCAGCUGGCUGGGCUUUGACCACAAGAUCACAGGGAAGCAGUUCUACAAGCAGGUGACCACAGUGGGGCGCCGCCUCAGCGUGGGCAGCUCCAUGAGGAACGCCAAGGAGCAAGCAGCGCUGCAGGAGGGCCACAAGCUGUGCCUGUCCACUGUCGACCUGGAGGUGAAGUGCCAGCCAGAUGCUGCAGCGGCGCCCUCGUUCAUGCACAGCGUGUUCAGCCCCAUCCUGCUGCUCAGCCUGGUCACCAUGUGUGUCACUCAGCUGCGGCUCAUCUUCUACAUGGGGGCCAUGAACAACAUCCUCAAGUUCCUGGUCAGCGGUGACCAGAAGACAGUGAUGGCCACGGUUGCCCUGUACACCUCCAUCUUCGGCGUGCUCCAGCUGCUCUGCCUCCUGACGGCCCCCGUCAUCGGCUACAUCAUGGACUGGAGGCUGAAGGAGUGCGAGGACGCCUCUGAGGAGCCCGAGGAGAAAGACGCCAACCAAGGCGAGAAGAAGAAGAAGAAGCGGGACCGGCAGAUCCAGAAGAUCACCAACGCCAUGCGGGCCUUUGCCUUCACAAACCUGCUGCUUGUGGGCUUUGGGGUGACCUGCCUCAUCCCCAACUUGCCGGUGCAGAUCAUCUCCUUCAUCCUGCACACAGUUGUCCGGGGAUUCAUCCACUCUGCCGUUGGGGGCCUGUAUGCCGCCGUGUACCCCUCCACCCAGUUCGGCAGCCUCACAGGACUGCAGUCGCUGGUCAGCGCGCUCUUUGCUCUCCUGCAGCAGCCACUGUUUCUGGCCAUGAUGGGUCCCCUCCAAGGAGACCCUCUGUGGGUGAAUGUGGGGCUGCUUGCCCUGAGCAUGCUGGGCUUCUGCCUGCCCCUCUACCUGAUUUGCUACCGGCGCCAGCUGGAGAGGCAGCUGCAGCAGAAGAGGGAGGACGACAAGCUUUUCCUCAAGAUCAACGGUUCAUCCAACCGGGAGGCUUUUGUGUAGCGCCUGCCACCUCCGAACUGGGGCCUCCUGCCUGUGCUUCAGUGACUGACCCGUGUCCUCCUCCCCACCCCAGAGGACCCCACGCACCCCCAGGACCCUCUCCUUCACCAUAUUGGAGUCCACGCUCCCUCCCAGGGCCCUGGUCUGCCUCGGAGCUCUGUGGUGGAAGGACAGGAGAGGGCCCGACGGGCCAGUCUCCACUGCUAAAAGCAGGGGCUGCGCUGCUGGUUGCCUCCAAAGGACCCUGGGGCCCCGGGCUCCACAGUGCCUGCAGGAGGAGGCUCUCUCCCUCGAGUGUCUGGAUUCUGCCUCUUGCCAAAGCAGAGGGGUCUGCCAUCCCCUGCCGCCACCUGCCUCUUGGCUGCAUGCCCACCGGCCACGCCUGCCCGAGGACAAAGGCUUGCACUGUCUGCACCCCCUCGCCUGGCCCCUCACCUCCUCCUCUGGCCGGUCUGAGGCUGCCUGAGGAAGGAAGGACCCGCUUCCUGUUGUUGGUGCUAACUCCUUUGUAAUUCCAGUCCCCCAUGGCCUGUCCUCCCAUUUCGGCCUGUGGAGAAGCCCCCCUGGCUCCCAGGCUGAGGAGGGGAUGAGGGCCUGGUGGUCCCACAGAAGCCUUGGGAGCGUGGACAAGACUGACCGGAGGCCCUGCGCCUCGUCCCUCAGGGCCUACGGGGGCAGCACGUUCCCACUGCCACCCUCAUGCCUGUCUGCCACCUGAAGGGGAUUAAAGGACCAUUACCAGGGUGCCCCCACAUACACAGCUGUUCUGGGGGGCGGAAGGAAGGCUGUGGCUCACAGACACGCAGGUCCAGGCCUGGGCCGGGAAGUGGGUUUGUGAUGGGCCAGGGGGUGUGUGUGCAUGUGGUAUGUGUGAGAUGGGGGUGUGGGUGCGCUCUGGGGGGGUCUGUCCCUGUUCCCAGCCACCAGACAGGGAGCCAGCCAGGCGUGCAACAGGCCCUGCACAAGGGAGCCAGCCUGGCUCACAGCCAGGAGCCCAGUAUAAGGCCGUGGGGCCACAGCGCCCCCUGCUGGCAGACUCUGCCAGGGCCUGGCGCUGUUUGCGUGAGAGAGUGGCUCACCCACCUACCUUGACUGCCCCCAGAAAUGUGUCUGAGACCUCCUGGGAGUGCUGAGAGGGGUGAGUUGAUUUUUUUGGGUUUUUAGUUGUUUUUUUCCUCUUUUGAAGUUUUGUCAGACUUCUUUUUAUAAAGCAAUAAAUGCAUUUUCCUCCUGGGUAAGGGAUGCCCUUCUAGCAUAUCAGUUAAUGGCUGCAUGUGCCUGUUUUGACCUUGAGAAGAAAAGGCAGGACAGCAUUUUCUGCCACUGACCAGCCCCAGCCGUACCCAGCUGCUCGCCAUCUCUCUGGGGGACUGCCGUGUUGGGGUGGGGCCGUGGGCCAGGAAAAGACCUUCCCCAUCCCCAAACAAACAGGGCUGCGCAGACAUCUUGGACGUGUGGGCCACCCCUGCCUCCCCCAUGACUGCUUCCCCCAGCCAAACAGGCUAAUCCCAACCCUCCACCCCUACACAGAUUGCCUCUCACCCUUCCACAACCCCGAGGGCUUCUCCUGAGCUCAGGACACAGGGUGAGCCCGGGAGAGCCGAGGGCUCAGAGAGGGCAGAGUCGGGAUGCAGUGGGGGGACGAAGGAGAACGGGAGAGGGCAGGUAGGCUGAAUUCAAGCCCUGCUUUAACACCGGGGCACCUCGAACACACCCGAUUGCCUAGGCUUUAGUCCACUCAAAUGGUAAAAUCAAAUUCCCCCCUCCCCCCCAAAAAAACCAAGGAGAGAGAAAUAGCUCCACAUUUCCCAAACCACUCCUUAGAACACUUGUUUAGUGGUAAGUUAAUGGUCAUUCUAGUUUUUUCACAAGUUCUAUAGUCAAAUGUAGGAAAGGCUGAGUUCAAGUCCAGCCUGUUACAGUGAAGCCCUUGCAGUGCUUUCUGCACACAAGUGACUCACGAACUCUGUGGCUCUCUGAGAGUGUGGCAGGUUUCCUGCUGAGAGACACCCGGAGCCAUCUGACUCUGGGUGUGGCCCAGUGAGCACCCGCAGCAGAAGCUCCUGGGGUGCUGAUUAGAAACGUGGGCUCUAGGUCGGGCCUCUGACUGGGGGUUCUGGUGCCUCCCUGAGCUUGAGACCCACCGUGGAACAGGAGUGCAGGUCGGGAAAACAGAUGAGCUAGGGCCCUUCCAGCUGGGCAGAUGUGGUAUUGAGGUUGGGCAGACAUGGCCUGUGCUGUCCCCAGCGGUGUCCAAGCCCAGCCAAAAUGGAGCUGCUGCCUCAUUCUCCCACCCUCCCGCAGGGUGUGGCCCUCUGUGGGAUGAGAAACUAGUGUCGAGGGUGGAAAGCAGUUCAGGGCCAACAGUGUUUGAGAACUCGAGGCAUGAAAAUGGUCCCAGGGCACAGAGGUUGUGGGUAGCCAGAGAGGUUGGGUACCACCUGCACCCCCACCACUAGUCAGGGGCCAUCCUACCUUGACUUUGUACAGAGUUAGCAGUUUACAUGUUUCCCUGUUAUCACUGAAUCAUGAUGACAAUCUAAGAGUUAAAUAGUAUUCUUAUUUUAUAGCUGAAAAAAAUUGAGGCCCAAACAGGUACAGUAGCUUGCUCAGGGUUAGAACCAGGACUCGAAUGGGUCUUAAGUCAUUGGGGCGGCCAAGGCCCUCUAGACAGGGACAUUCCAUUCGGAGCAGUAGCAGCCCCGGGAGCCACCAGGCCUCUGCAGCAGGGAGGCAACUGCCUGAGGAAGGGGAACCAGCCCAGGCAUAGUCUGUUUCUGGGGGCCAAGAGCUUUCUCAGAGGUAUCAGUGGGCUUGGUAGAACCGUGUUUGCCCUGGAGGCUGAUGGGUACCUGGAGGAGCAAUUCCCUGGUGACCCCAACCCCCAAGAGCAGUACCCUGAGAUGGCAGAGGGGCCGUGGCUGAUCAAGGCAGUGGGCACCCAGUGGCCGCAGCCCUCCUGUCUUCUCCCUUGUCCUGCAGGCCACUGGAGGGAAGGAGCAGGGAGUGACGCCUGGCCCUGUGCUUCCAGAGUGAGCAAGGGGCUGGGCCAGCCUCAAGAGCACUGCCCGGAGCCCCUCUCCUCACCAGGCCCUGGGGUCCAGGCAUUCCUUUGUGGUCGGCUUCCUCCAACCCUCGAGGCCUCUGACUGCAGCGCCCACUGCCUGGGCCCCGCACACAGGGCGGGUUGGCCAACAACGUGGCCGCAGGCCCCUGUGGAUUCUGGUUUGCUCCAUCUGCCUUCCCCUCUUGUACCCUGUAUCGUCCUGGUCAAAGAACUAUUCUUCUCAAAUCCUUGUCAUGGCCCUGUGCUGUGCAGUCUGAGGACAGCGUCACAUUGCCCCAGGCCCCAAGGACACUGAAAACGGUGGGAUAUCAGGUAUUGGGCUUAUGUGUGCAGGACUGUGCUAGACAGUAGCACAGACACAUUCAGCCAAUGUUGUGAGGGCAUUAGGUUUCUAAUGCCCUGGCGUGCCAGUCUGUAUGAACGAGCAGAUAAUGACCGGGAGAGGGGUGAGGACAAGCUGUGACAUCCCGAGGUGAAGGGCUCCUGCCAGGACCUCCGGGGAGGCUUCUCCACAGAACUGGCCGUCAGGGCCGUCUAAGCAGCAGCUCCCCUCCCUCUGAAGGGUAACAGGACGGGUUCUCAUGGGCUCUUGGCACAGGUAGGUACCUUACCUGUGCCAAUUACUGGAGGCCCGACUUAAGGAUGGUAUUCCACAGUCCCCAAAUACAGACCAUGGGAUUGUGAGGGUUGGGAGUCUAGGAUCCCCCAAGGGGGGUUGAGUGGGUUAUCCACAGGCUGCAUCCCUCCUGUGGCGUAGGGGGUCAGGUAAGCAGGUGGCCUCUGGAAGCCUGUUCCCCCAUGCCCUGACUCACCCCAAAUCCUGGGACGAGGACAGAGCUUCCCGAAUGUCAUGAAGGAGGUGCAGCAUCCUUCACGUGGGUGGCCUACCAGGUUCAGGCCUCUCCCUGCCAGCACGGAGCCACCGCCAUGCCCCCUGGUCUCUGCAGUUAGUCAUUUUCACCUUCCUGGGCAGAUCUGGGGCCUCGACCCUUCUCAGAGUGAGAAGGCUCCAUUGCCCCAUGCCAAGGAAGCAAUGAGGGAAGAGCAAAGGUUGGGGGUCUUGGUGGCCUUAGACACCAAUUGAGCUCAGUUUCUCAUCUGUAAAAUGGAGGUAGAAAUACCUUCAUAGCAUGGCUAAUUUAACAUGUAGGUGAGUACCUUCCCCGUAGUAUACCUGGCACUUAACAGGUACUUAAUAGUAGCAUUAUUUUUAGGACCCUGGAAGAAGGCAGCUAGCACAGGGAACGAGGCCCUCCCCGUUCACCCGGCCCACAUAGUAGGAUGCCCACCUUGCACUGCUCUGACCAGGACAGGCCCUUGGCCAAGUCGAGAAAGUGAAGUCUGUGUCUGCUGACCCCUACCCUUCUCACAUCCCCUCUCUGAGCAGAAGCCUUAAGAAAUGAUUCCCUUGUUUGUUUGUCUUUUGUGGCUUUCACAUUUUGGUAAGACUUGGCCAAAAAGCUUCUCAAGAUAAUUUCUGAAUGGUGAGAUGUUUAUGUUGGGUGGGGUGACUCAGAUCACGGUCACAAAGGCAGGACCUCUACACCUUGUCCUUGUAAAACUGCUUGGCCGUGUCUCUAACUCUGUGUGUGUGUGUGUGUGUGUGUGUGUGUGUCUGGGGUGUGCUCUGGGUGUGUCGAGGUGUGCACAUGUCUGGAGGAGCUUGUCCGUGUGCCUCGCUGCCUGGAUGGAACAGAGUGGGAGGGUCUUGUCUUGCCGAAUCCGUUUCCAUUGCUGGAAAGAUCAUUUAGACAGGGCCGGCCCAAGGACCCAGCCCAGGCCCUCCAAGUGGUGCCUGAAGGGUUAAUCCAUUCCCUGUAUUAACCAGGGUCACUACCAUGUCCUUGACAACUCAGCAGCUGACCCCGACUCUUCCCUACCCCUUUGCUGUUUCUAGCACCUGGCUUACUUCCGGGCACACAGUAAGCACUCAAUAAAUGUAUGCUGAGAAUGACUAAGAA